AUGAAAGGCAGGUCCUGCCUAACCAACCUGAUCUCCUAUGAAAAGGUGACCCGCCUGGUGGAUGAGGGAAAGGCUGUGGAUGUUGUCUACUUGGAUAUUAGCAAAGCCUUUCACACUGUCUCCCACAGUAUCCUCCUAGAGAAGCUGGUGGUUGAUGGCUUGCACAGGUGCACUCUUCACUGGGUAAAAAACUGGCUGGCUGAGCCCAGAGAGUUGUGGAAGCCAUUGUAUGGAUUGUUUCAAUAUAAUUCCAGUAUGAUUGGACUAGAAUCAUUAGCUGAUCCCUCAGAUACCUGGGAAAUUAUAGAGACUAUUGGGAAAGGCACUUAUGGUAAAGUCUAUAAGGUUGCCAAUAAGAAAGAUGGGAGUCUGGCAGCGGUAAAGAUUCUGGAUCCUAUCAGCGAUGUAGAUGAAGAAAUUGAAGCAGAAUAUAAUAUUUUGCAGUUUCUUCCCAAUCACCCUAAUGUUGUUAGAUUUUAUGGGAUGUUUUACAAAGCAGAUCAAUAUGUGGGAGGACAGCUCUGGCUAGUACUUGAGCUGUGCAAUGGAGGUUCUGUCACAGAACUUGUCAAAGGCCUGCUGAAGUUUGGCCAACGGUUGGAUGAAGCUAUAAUCUCAUACAUCUUAUAUGGUGCUCUCUUGGGUCUUCAGCAUUUACACAAUAACCGGAUCAUUCAUCGUGAUGUGAAAGGGAACAACAUUCUCCUGACAACAGAAGGUGGAGUCAAGCUCGUUGACUUCGGUGUUUCAGCCCAGCUCAACAGCACACGGCUGCGUAGAAACACCUCGGUGGGAACACCCUUUUGGAUGGCACCUGAGGUCAUUGCUUGUGAACAACAGUAUGACUACUCAUAUGAUGCUCGAUGUGACGUAUGGUCCUUGGGAAUAACAGCUAUUGAACUGGGGGAUGGAGACCCUCCUUUAUUUGACAUGCAUCCGGUGAAAACCCUUUUUAAAAUUCCAAGAAAUCCUCCUCCUACUUUGCUACAUCCUGAAAAAUGGUGCAGAGGAUUCAACCAUUUCAUUUCACAGUGUCUUAUCAAGGAUUUUGAAAAGCGUCCUUCAGUCACCCAUCUUUUGGAGCAUCCAUUUAUUAAACAAGUACAUGGUAAAGAUAUGUCUCUGCAAAAACAGCUGGCUGAGCUCAUCCAAGAACAGCAGCAGCUAGGCUCCAUAGCCAAAACAAGGCAUGAACGAAUACAUACUAGAAGACCUUACCAUGUGGAUGGAGCUGACAAGUACUCUCUAGAUGACGAUCUGGUAAAUCUAGAAGUUCUAGAUGAGGAUACAAUUAUCCAUCAGCUGCAGAAACGCUAUGCUGACUUACAAAUUUAUACUUACGUUGGAGACAUUUUAAUAGCCUUAAACCCCUUCCAGAAUCUCAGCAUUUAUUCUCCCCAGUUCUCCAAGCUUUACCAUGGUGUGAAGCGUUCAUCAAAUCCCCCCCACAUAUUUGCCUCUGCGGAUGCAGCCUACCAAAAUAUGGUUACAUUCAGCAAAGAUCAGUGCAUUAUCAUCAGUGGGGAAAGUGGUGCUGGAAAGACAGAAAGUGCCCAUUUGAUCGUCCAACAUUUGACCUUCUUGGGAAAGGCCAAUAACCGAGCUUUGCGUGAGAAAAUUCUUCAGGUGAAUCCUCUCGUUGAAGCAUUUGGGAAUGCCUGCACUGCCAUCAAUGACAACUCAAGUCGCUUUGGAAAAUAUCUGGAAAUGAUGUUUACGCCCACAGGAGCUGUAAUCGGGGCAAGGAUUUCUGAAUAUCUACUUGAAAAAUCAAGGGUCAUAAAACAGGCUGUGGGAGAGAAAAAUUUCCAUAUAUUUUAUUAUAUUUAUGCUGGCCUUUAUCAUCAGAAGAAGCUUUCUGAAUAUAGACUUCCUGAUGAAAAGCCUCCUAGAUAUAUUGAUAAUGAAACUGGAAGAGUAAUGCAUGAUAUUGUUACUAAAGAUUCCUAUGGAAGACAAUUUGAAGCGAUUCAGCAUUGCUUUAAAAUUAUAGGAUUCACUGAUGAGGAAGUGUACUCAGUGUACAGAAUUCUAACUGGAAUCUUGAAUACUGGGAAUAUUGAGUUUGCUGCCAUUUCUUCGCAGCACCAAACAGAUAAAAGUGAAGUUCCCAACCCAGAAGCCUUAGAUAAUGCUGCUGCACUACUAAGUAUUGGGUCAGAAGAACUUCAAGAGGCCCUAACCUCCCACUGUGUUGUAACACGAGGGGAGACUAUUAUCCGAACAAACACUGUGGACAAAGCAGCUGACGUGCGAGAUGCCAUGUCUAAAGCACUUUAUGGCCGGCUCUUCAGCUGGAUCGUAAAUCGUAUUAAUACGCUGCUUCAGCCAGAUAAAAAUAUAUGCAAUGCUGAAAAUGGGAUGAAUGUUGGGAUACUAGACAUAUUCGGAUUUGAGAACUUCGCAAGAAAUUCCUUUGAACAGCUGUGCAUAAAUAUUGCUAAUGAACAAAUCCAGUUUUAUUUCAAUCAACAUAUCUUUGCUCUUGAGCAGGUGGAAUAUCAGAAUGAGGGAAUUGAUGCUACUACAGUGGAGUAUGAGGACAACCGUCCACUUCUAGAUAUGUUCCUCCAGAAACCCAUGGGUCUCCUGUCUCUACUGGAUGAAGAAAGUCGAUUUCCUCAGGCAACAGAUCUAACUUUAGUUGAUAAAUUUGAAGAUAACUUACGAUGCAAAUAUUUUUGGAGACCAAAAGGAGUAGAACUGUCAUUUGGUAUUCAGCACUAUGCUGGAAAGGUAUUAUAUGAUGCCUCUGCAUUCCUUGAGAAGAACAGAGACACUCUUCCUGCUGAUGUAGUGGUGGUGUUGCGAACUUCAGAGAACAAACUUCUUCAGCAGCUGUUCUCUAGCCCAUUAACAAAAACAGGAAAUUUGGCACAAGCGAGAGCCAGAGUGACAGCAGCAUCUAGGUCUUUGCCUCCACAGCUUAGUGCUGGGCGUAUCAAGGUUGAUACGAUGGAGGUUAUGCGACACCCUGAGGAAACAACUAACAUGAAGCGGCAAACUAUGGCUUCCUAUUUUAGGUAUUCCCUCAUGGAUCUUUUAUCGAAAAUGGUUGUUGGACAGCCUCACUUUAUCCGCUGCAUUAAACCUAACGAUGAUCGAGAAGCAUUGACAUUUUCUCAUGAGAGAGUUCUACUGCAGCUACGAUACACUGGAAUUCUGGAAACUGUCAAAAUACGUCGAAAAGGGUAUUCUCAUCGCAUCCCCUUUGAAGAGUUUGUGAAAAGGUAUUAUUACCUUGCAUUCAAGGCACACGAGACUCCCCUUGGUAGCAGAGAAAACUGUCUUGUCAUUUUGGAGAAAUCUAAACUAGACAACUGGAUUCUUGGGAAAACCAAGGUUUUUCUAAAGUAUUACCAUAUAGAACAGUUAAAUUUGUUCCUGAGAGAAGUUAUAGGGAGGGUGGUGGUCAUGCAAGCCUAUAUCAAGGGAUGGCUUGGAGCAAGGAGAUACAAGAAAGUCAAAGAGAAAAGAGAAAAUAGUGCUGUUACCAUACAGUCAGCCUGGAGAGGAUAUGAAGCUCGCAGGAAGUACAAGGAAAUAAGGAACAGAAGAACUGAUGCUGCUAUACAUAUUCAAGCAGCUUUCAGGGGAUAUAUUGUUCGUAAGAAGUACACAAGACUGAAAGCCAGCACAGGCUGUGUAGCAGAUCCUCAGCUUACAAGCAGCUGCUCUACUUCUGAUUUUGGCUGUGAAGAGCACUGGCAGCAAACCAGUAACCACUCUUCUCCUGUGGUGCCUGAUUUUCUUGACAAACAAACACAAAAGAAGGAUUUGGAUGAGAUUUUUGCUUCUCCAUUUAUUCAAAAACAUUCAUUCGAAAUGAAUGAUUCACAAUCAAUUAGCCAAUCCCAGUCAGUUGCAGACCAUCAAUUGUCAAGUCCCUCGAGAUCCCAUAAAAAAGGAGGUUCAGAAAACUGUCUUGAACAGAAGCUGAGAACACCUCGUCGACGAUGUCAGCAGCCCAAAAUGCUGAAUAGCCCUGAGGACAACAUGUACUAUAACCAGUUAAAUGGAACUCUAGAAUAUCAAGGGAGCAAGAGGAAGCCAAGAAAACUUGGCCAAAUCAAAGUGCUGGACAGAGAGGAUGAGUAUUACAAAUCAUUGUCAGCUGUUGAAUCUAUCCCUGAAGAUGACAGCUUUCACAGUUCCCCAUCUUCUCCUUCUUCAAGAGGUGUGUCUUUUGCUCAAAGCUGAACCUCACUUAUUCUAUUGACUAAUACUGGUAAGAGUAUUUUCAUGCUGGUAAUCUCUUGCAAUUAACUUUUUGUGUGCAUGUUUAUAUAAUAGAUUAAAAAAUACAAUUUCAGCUAGUAACUUUAUUUCACUAAAUUUAGACCUGGUUUUGUAGCUAUAAAUUGUCCCGUUUAGCUGUAUUUCUAUAAGAAAUUCAAGUAAGUGGGAGCAGCACUACCUGUAUGUAUUGAUGUUAGUAAUGGACAUGUUUCUUUAGCAGCAAGGUUAGUUUAUACAGUUCCGACCCCUUCUCCCCUGCUCUCCCUCGGCUGCUGUUCCCACCCUGUGCCAUCCCUUCUGUUGUGCUGGCACAACUGCUGGUAGAGCUGUGUGAAAAAUAAGAUCAAGGAACUGAACUGGAUUAAAAUAACUCUGUACUAAAAAUUUUCCUUUGGGGUCAUAGAGAAAAUGUUUUGUAUUUCAUUAGACUGGUAUUAAACAUUAUCCUUUAUAACUUUCUGUGCUGUGUAUGGCUUUUAAUACUACAAGAAUGUACAGAGUAAAAUAAUCUAAAAUAAUAAUUGUUGUCUCAAUUUGCCUUGUAAAUAUUUUUCUUAUAAGGAUUAGUUUGCCAUAAGUUUAACUUGAAGAAUUAUUUGAGAUAUAAGAAGCAAAACAGUUUUAAAGCUAACAUUUCACACACUACUUCAUACAGACCUUGCGACUGAAACCAUCAUUAUGACUAGUUAUUCUUGUUAUCCAUGCAAGUAUUUAUUUGCUUUCUUAACCUGUAUCUCUGGGCUCCAGUGAUUCCUAAUUUCCACAGCCCUUUUGUAUGUAGCAGUGAAAAAAAUGUCACCUGCAUUUUUUUCUACUUGCUUUUCAUUUUCUUUCCAAAUCCUUAAUGAAACAAUAUGUAACUUUCUAUGGAAUGCUGAGAUGCUUUGCUGGUAACCGUUUCCAUGAAAGAAGCUGGCUGUUUCUUCUUACUCUUUAUUUUCUGUUUCCGAGCCACAGUUUUGCUCUGUGACAAUUCUUCGCUUCUUUUCCACACAAGCUCUUGCCAAAAACUUGCAAAUAAAAUGUUCAUGUGUACUGCCUUACGAAUAGCCCGAAACUUUUUUUUUUGGUGUGAAACCAUGCUGAUUAAAUCUGACCAUAUAUUAUAUAGACCUAAUUAAGAUCCUUGUUUUUAUCUCCCCUCUGGUGUGUUUACCCUGAUCUGUGCUAACAAACCUUCCUGUGGAGGUGCAGUUCACACCUGUUCCUUAAGUUACAGAAUUUCUUACUAUGAGGGUUCACUGGCCAAGGAAAGACGGCAUGAGAAAUGAGACCCAAGCGCUCUCAGGGCAUCCCUAAGCCAGAAUAGGGUUUGAAAGGAAAAAAGAUAAUGAAAUCGAUAGUUCAGCAAAAGUUUUCUCUCUCUUAAUAAACACAGAAAUUAAGUCAGGCAGGGCAGAUGAGGAUAAGAGAAGGAUUCAGCUGUUCCAAGAAGACCAGUCCUUCACUCAUUCAUACCCAAAAUGUGACAGAAGGUUGAAACUAAAAGUUAAAAUCCUGCCAGAGGUUGAAGUCCUUCAGUUUACUCCUCAUUCUCCUCUGCUGUGCAUCUGGGUAGAUGUACUUUAAAGGCACUUUAGAGCCUUUAAAAUUUAGGGACUUCUUAAACAACAGAGAAUUGGUGAGUAGCUGCAGUUUAAUUAAUGAUAUUAAAACAUGCAGUGCAAAUAUGAAUGGCAACUAAUAUGAAUGCAUGUGUGCAGAUCAGUAUCUUUAUAUUUUGUCAAAAUGUAACAAGAAUGAGUAUUUGUUAUGAUAUCUCACUAUAAAUAACAUAUAACUUUUCUUUUUCUAUGCAAUGUAUAAAUUCUCUACUAAUUUUUAACAUAUCUGGAUGGAAAAUAGCAUUAUUUUAAGAGUCAAAAGACUUACUCUGCUCUUAUAUUGGCAUAGAUCACAUGGAGUUCUAGCAAUAUCAGUGCUCUGUGGUUGCAUCCUUCCUUUUUGAAAACUAUUUGGGAAAACAAAGUGUUAUUAUUCUUACUGCAGUUCAUAUCAUUAUUAUGCAUAGUUAGAGUUUAUCAGUUGUUUUAGUUAAAUGGUAGUGAAGUUUCCAGUCAGGUGUUACAUCACCUGUCUAAAAGCCAACAGUUAACCUUAUGCCGAGUAAUUCAGUACCCUGAGUAGUUCUAUUAAUUUCAUAAAGAAGUAAAGUGAAAAAUAAUAUAUAAUUCAGUGAAGCACUUAAGCCAAAGCCUAAGUCCCUCUGAAAUCAAUGAAAUUUCAGCACGUGAUUAAGUGCUUUGCUGAAUGGGGGCCUGAGUUAACAAGAGUGGCUUCAGAACAUUAAAUAGUAAAGCACAAGCAAAAUGCAAACACACCCUAAGUACAUUCCUUAGGUUCUUUUUUUUCUUCCCAAUUGUUAUGCCAUCAGAAAUGGGCUUCAAAGAGAUUUUAAGCAGUCUUUAAUUGCAUGGAAAGGGUAAAAUGCAAUAUUUUCCUUGUUACAUGUAAUGCCACUAUCUAAAUCUGCUAUAAUUUUUCAAAUUAGUUUAAUGUUGCUAAUAUUUUUACACUGAAGUUACAAUCUAAAAGCUGCUGUUGAGUAGUGUGUUUUCAUUCUUGCUACUUCUUGGCUAAAAACUGUGCACAAAAACUGUGCGUUUUACUAUUUCAUAACUUAUCCCCCUUUCCUCAUUUGUUUUUGAUCAAUUCACUUUACCCUCACUAGAUAAACCCUGUGAGGUGGCUGUCUCUCAUCCUCAUUUUACAGCACAUAUAUGCCUUUAGAUUAUUAAAAGACGUGUCCUCAGCUUGCUGAAGAGCCAUGCAGUUGCAUUAAAACUGGCCAAAAAGUCGAGCUUCCGUUCCCACAUUGAUAGAUAUGUGUGUUUGGGUUGAUUGAUUUGUGCGUGAAAAGGCGUACAGGAGACAUGUCAGUGUGAUGAUCAUAGUCAGUUGAAGCAUAUCAAUGUGAAUUGCUUAUAUUUUCUCAUUUGGUUUUGAUACCAUUGAAGCAUUGUUCUGAUUUAUUUCCUUUUACAUAUAUUAUUCUGACACAUUAAUGUAUUUUGGUUAAUUGCUCAUAACAUAUCUUGUUCUUAAUAUUUCAUAAAAGUAAAGAGUUUAAAUUCUGUUAGGAAGAAGACAAUUUCUUAGGGUGUAAUAUACUAAGCAGUUUUCAGUAGAUGGGAGAGAAAAGGGUGAAGCUCAACAAGGGAUUUUAGUAGAUUUCUUCUGUAGACCAUAAUGGCACUAGAAACCAGUUUUUGCUGAGGACAAUUUCUGCCUUUCAGUUAUGGCAGCUUAAAAACUCUCUGUACCAACAAAAAUCAGGCAGGGAGCUUUUGGAGAUUAGCUCCUUUCACUUGGUAAUUUUAAACAUGCUUCUCACUUAAACAUUUACAUCACUUUAGUAACAUAAAGGGACCUUAGAAUAGGAGUAAAUUGCAGCCAUCUUAAAUUUGCCCCCACUGUGACCUCCCUCACCCAUACACUGUAAGAGUGGUGGAAAGGGCUUUUGUGCACUGAAGGCCUUUUACAUGGCCCCUAUCCGGCCAUCCAAGGAGUUGUUGUUACUGAGAAGCUUAUAAAAUAUGGCUAUAAAUAAUGUAAAGCUAAGGACUUUGCUGAAUCCAAUCAGACCAAAAGUUUAUUUUCCUUUCGGUGGUAACAAUCAAAACCAAAUUUUUCAGUGGUAGGUGCAGAACUGGACAAUUACAAAGGCACCUUCCUGAAAGGAAAAUUUCUUCCUAACAGUAGACAGCUACUGGUUAUCUUAUGUCAUUUAGCCUAGUUGCUAAUAUAAGCGUAAUGCUUUUGCAAUUAUAUACUUAUAUGAUAUUUUUCUUUGUUUUCUAUAACUGUGAAUGUUUAUACUUCCAAGCAAUUGUCUCAUUGUGUUUUAAUUCCACUAAGUUCCUGACUUCAGGUAUAGCAUUAUAUUUAGAUCCCUUCAAUUUUUGCUAUACUUUAUUUAAAGAUAGUCUUGACUGGAUAAUCUCUAACCUUCAUUGUCAUAACCAACAUCCAUUAUUGUGAAGGAAUAUUUUUUAUUUCUAUCAUCUGUCAUCAUGAAAACCAGGUAUGGUUUUAAAUAUGGAAGACAUUAAAAAUUAAAAAUAAAUAUGAAAUUGAAGA